UGUUUCCUCCCCCAUGUUUUAUGUUCUUUUGUCUGUAUUUCUGAAAAAAGGAUGAAUCUAUCUGAUAGCUUACUGGAAGUGCAUAGACAGACUGGUAUGCGAAUACCUUGAGCAGGCAAGCGCGUACACGUCAUGGCGAAACGGGGGGAAAUAACCUGAAGCACUAAUGUCACGUUACCUCGGAAGAAUUAAAAGCUGCCUUUGUAUUUUAAUGACACGGAGAUAAGAUGAACACCAGGAGAAAGAAAUCAUUCAGAGCCGUAAAGUUCACGUUAUUCGUGUUUUGCUACAUCUUCUGGGUGUUCAGUGCUGUCCUGAUUGCUGUUGGGAUCUAUGCCAAAGUUGCCAAAGAGUCAGAUAUAGUGGACACGCUGAUGGCAGAUCCAGCGCUGCUGUUGAUCAUCGUGGGCUCUCUCAUGUUCACCAUCACGUUUUUUGGCUGUUUCGGAGCUCUGCGCAACAUCUCCUUGCUGCUCAACAUGUUUGUAGGAAUUUUGUUGGCCAUUCUGCUUCUUCAAGUAACAGCUGCUGUUCUAGGCCUUAUGUUCUCUGAAAAGGUUCAAGAGAGGACAGAGCAGCUGAUGAUGAAAGCGAUUGUACGCUAUCGUGAUGAUCAGGACCUGGAAAAUGUGAUUGAUUUUAUACAGAAAAAGUUCAAGUGCUGUGGUGUGGAUUCCUAUUUCGACUGGUCUAAAAACAUGUACUUCAACGCAUCUGACCAGAACCCCAGUCUGGAGGCCUACGGCGUGCCCUUCUCCUGCUGCAUACGGCUAAAGAAUGAGACUGUGUUCAACUCUAUGUGUGGCUAUGAGACCCAGAAGAUGAAGAAGGGUGUGGUGAGUCGGCUCAUCUACACCACCGGGUGUCUGGACGAGAUCGUCUGGUGGGGAAAACAGAAUCUUCUGCUGGUGGGAGGGAUGACCCUCGUCCUACUUUGCAUUGAGAUAUGUAUGAUGUCACUGGCUUCAGUACAGCUCCAUCAAAUCCGAAGUGUUCAACAGACGAGGAAACAUAACAAGAGCAAAAACCUUUGCUGCAACAGAAAGUCUUGACUUGUUUAAUGUGCUUACCUUUCACCAAGUGCAGGCAUUGGAAUUCAGUGAUGCAUUGCACUUGAAAUACCAAGUUAUAACAUGUUAGAAAUUAGAAGCAAAUAAUGUGAUUAUAAUUUUCUAUAUUAUACUGUGAGUUAUUAAGCCAAAAGCUGCGAUUAAAUUCAGUGCUAACAUAAAAACGAUAUGUUCCUGUGCUUGUGCCCGUUUACACUCUUUUGUUAUUAAAAUAUAUUUUACCACGUGCUUUCUUUUACUUUUAACAAUUUAUUGCAAUACUGAAUAAAUGACUAUAAAAUGACUAAAUAGUAAA